AAAUUCUAACUAGUAAAACCGCUUACGGUAUAACUAUUCGCAACUAGUUGCAUAGUUUUUUUUGUGUAAAAUUUACUUACAAAGUGAACGCCAUUGCGACCACUUAGUACAAAACAUCAGUGAAGAAUCUUUAAGAUCGCCAUUUUCUACAAGGAAUAUCACCACCAUUAAAACCAUCCGUUUUUUUAAAUAAAAUUUUUGGAAAAUUAAGGUGCGUAAAAAAUAAAUUUCAAGUGUUAGAACAAAAAGAAAAAAGAAAAAGUGCAAAAAGAAUAAAGAUAAACUAAAUAAAAAUUUGUUUAUUAAAUUUAUUUACACAUACACAGAAAUAUUGUGUACUUGUGAUUGAUCGCUUUGCCAACUGUUUUUUUUUUGUUUUUGUUUGACAGUAGUGACUACCCUUUUUGUCAGUGCUAAAUAGAUCUACCGUGCGUUUGUUUACAUAGAUGGACAGACAUAUUGAAAAUAAAAAUUAAAAAAGAAAAAACAAAAGAAAAUAAAUUUUUAUUUAAAGAAAGUGCGAAAAAUAAUUUUAAUAACAUCGCGUGUUAAAGAAUAUUAAUUAAAUAAUAACAAAUAAAAAAUAAUAAUAAAGAUAGUAACAAAUAAAACAAAGAAGAAGUGAAAUAAAUAAAGAAUAUUGUGUUUAUGUACCUUGUACAUAAUCUUUAUAUACAAUAAUCUGCUUCUUCUUCCGUUUUGAGUUGUUACCCUACGGUCGGUCAGUUUGACUAAUAUUAAAUUUGGUUAUUAUUUAAAUAUUUUUUCACAAUUUUUAAUAAAAUUUGUAUCAAAUUUGCAAUUUUUAUUAAAUUAUUUGUUUUCUUUUGUGCAAUUUAAAUACGUUACGCAAUACUAAAUCGCGAUAAAUUCUAGUCUUUUAAAUAAAGAUAAAAUUAAAUUGCAAUUGAAUUAUUAAGUUUAUUUUUUGUUAAUCGUAUUUAAAUUAAAAUGACUAUGUCUCCGUCAGCUCUUGAUCGCUUUAUUAGAGCUUCUGAUGCUCUCAUAAGCUUUGAAGCUAACAUGAACAAUCUUAGGGAAGAAAGACUUACUGUUUUUAGCUUGGAGGUUCAUUCCGAUGAAUUGAAAAUUUUAAUGAACGAGGUUAAAUCAACUUAUCAGACUUGUCUAGACUAUUUAUCUACUUCGGACACGACGGAUCCUGAUGAGAUAGAUGUCGUUUCAUCGAAAUAUCAGACAACUUAUAAUGCGUUUGUUAACUGUUUGUCGAAUAUUAAAGAACGACUGCAUAUGUAUGCCCAAGCUCAAAAGACUAGUGAUUCACCGGUAGUUAGCCAGAACAGUACAGAAACUCACCACAGUUUAGUAGUACCGCCAUGUGAUGUUGAGACUUUUGACGGGGAUUAUCUCUCUUGGCCUGCCUUUAGGGAUCUAUUUACGGUUCUAUACGUGAAUAAUACUCGUCUCACCAACGUAGAAAGAAUGUGUCAUCUUAUACGUAAGACUAGUGGUGAUGCAAAGGAAAUAGUUGCUAAAUAUCCUAUUUCACAUUUAGGAUUUGAUAUGGCGUGGAAUAGCCUUAGGGCGGCUUAUGAAAAUCCACGUAUGUUGGUUAACAACCAACUUAAAUCUCUUUUUAAUCUCCCUAUUAUUGAAAAGGAAACUUCUGAAGGUCUCAAGACCAUACAAAGGGGUAUAAACAGUUGUCUUUCGGCAUUAUCAAUAUAUAACGUUUCGACGGAAAAUUGGGAUCCGAUAAUUGUUUUCCUUUGUAUUCAACGACUUCCCGAUAACUCUGUUACCUUAUGGGAACAAAGUAUAAAAGACAAAUUCGUAUUGUCUUUAUGGAAAGAUUUAGAUGCAUUUCUGACAGAAAGAAUUCAGACCUUAGAAUGUCUACGUGACAUAAGGGAAGUUCCACAAACUAAAAGAUUAUCGACUCCAAAGGUGAAGGCGCACCAUACCACUUCAUCUUCUUCCUUUUCUUGUAUUUUAUGCAAGAACCAAGGUCAUUUUCUACGGGAUUGUAAGAGAUUUAAGAAGCUUUCGGUCAUGGACAGAUUCUCGACUGUUAAGAAACAUCAUUAUUGUAUUAAUUGUUUGUCACGAACACAUGAAGUAAAAGAGUGUAAGAGUCAGCAUUGUUGUUCUAUUUGUAAAAAGAAGCACAAUACUAUGUUACAUAGAAAUGUGCCUACUUCAGAAGAUUCAAAUGGAAGUUCUAGAACUUCUAAUGCGGGUGCGAGUACAAGUGCAAUAUCACAAGCUGCUCCAUCUAUACCCACAGAAUCUUCUCAAGUAGCAACUCCUAACAGCUCUAGCUCUUCGUCUACUAUUAAUCGACAGGCGUUUUAUACUUCGCAAAACCAAACCGUAUUGUUAGGGACAGCGAUGGUGAAUAUUCAUCACCAGGGUAUGACGUACCCAGCUCGUGCUCUCAUUGACCCUGCUUCGGAAUCAUCAUUUAUUUCCGAAAGAGUACAGAAUCGCUUAAAAAUUUUGACGCAAUCGACGAAUGCUCAAAUAUCUGGUAUCAACCAGGCGAAUUCUGUAACAUCAAGGAAAUCGUGUUCCAUUUAUAUUGGCACGCCCUUGGACUCUUCAAUGGUUUUGAGUACAGUAGCUCUCGUUUUGCCAACGAUCUCUGGUGAUUUACCCUCAUUUGUUAUAUCGAAUGAGUAUCGAAAUGAUUUGCCAAAUAUACGUUUAGCGGAUACAAACUUAUUUGAUUCUAAACCAGUAGAUCUACUCUUAGGGGCAGAUUUAUAUCCACAAAUUAUAAUGGGUUCAGUUAGAAAGGUUUUAGGGACAUUAGUGGCUCAGAAAACUAUUUUCGGCUGGAUUAUUACUGGUCCAGUUCCUCAGUCUUCAAUUCAGGUAUACAGCACUAGAGUUGAAUUUUCUGAAGAAGAUAAUAUAAAUAGUACCUUACUUAGAUUUUGGGAAAUAGAGGAACCUCCUAAACGGAAACUUAUGUCAGCACAUGAUCGUAUGUGUGAGGACAAUUAUAGGAAAACUACUCGUAGGGACUCUGAUGGUAGAUAUGUGGUAACAUUACCAUUUAAACCUGAAUUUCCUGAUACGUUAACUUUAGGUCAGUCUAAACAGAAUGUUAGGGCACAAUUUAUACGGACAGAAUCCGCUCUCUUAAGAAAUCCUGACAUCAAGAAUAUGUAUGAUGACGUCGUUAGGGAAUAUUUAACUUUAGACCAUAUGCGUCUAGUUAAAUACUCUCCUUAUUCUUCUUGCUAUCUGCCUCAUCAUCCAGUUAUAAAAUUGGACAGAAAGACCACAAAAUUACGUGUGGUUUUCAAUGCGUCAAACAAAACGUCUAACGGCAACAGUCUUAACGAUUGUUUAUUUGUGGGACCCACAUUACAGGCAGAUCUCGUUCUCCUGAUUUUACGAUGGCGCUUUUUUAGGUUUGUGUUUAAUUGUGAUAUAACACAAAUGUAUAGGCAAAUUAGACUUGAUAGGUCUCAUACUCCAUUUCAACGAAUUUUGUUUCGUGAUUCUCCGACGGAGGAAAUUCAAGAGUAUGAGUUGCAGACUGUAACCUUCGGUGUUAAUUGUGCACCAUAUCUUGCCAUUCGUACCUUGGUACAAUUGGCUGAAGAUUCCGAAGCUGAGUACCCUCUAGCGGCGAAAAUACUUCGGAAAUGUAUGUACGUCGAUGACGUAUUAACUGGGACUCACGAGAUCCCAACCGCUUUGAUCGCUCGCGAUCAACUUAUAGCGGCUUUAGCAUCAGCGGGUUUUGUUCUAAGGAAAUGGACUUCGAAUGAGAAAGCCAUCUUAUCUGGUAUACCCGUUGAGCAUUUAGUAGAUGCCAAACUAUUGACAUUUAUUGAGUCAAGUAGCUCAAAAACACUUGGGUUACAGUGGAAUGCUCAUUCGGACUCGUUUUAUUUUAAUGUGGAUCGUAUUUCGAUGCGAUCAAGUCACACGAAAAGAGAGGUACUAUCUAUAAUAGCUAGAUUAUUUGACCCUGUUGGAUGGUUAGGACCAGUCAUUAUUGUCGCUAAGAUGAUAAUGCAAAAGGUUUGGCAAGACCAAAUUGAUUGGGACGCAUCCCUUAAGCCCGCUACUGAAGCCGAAUGGCAAAAAUUUGCUGCUUCAUAUCAUGAAGUCAACGACAUUCAGAUUCCUAGAUGGGUUAAUUAUAUACCUAAUUCUACAGUGGAGCUUCAUGUCUUUUCAGAUGCAUCUGAAAAAGCUUAUGCAGGUGUAAUUUACGCUAGAGUCGAAAGACCUAACGGCGAAAUUUAUACCCAUCUGUUAACUGCUAAAACGAAAGUAGCUCCCAUCAAAUCAAUUUCUCUACCACGACUUGAACUCUGUGGUGCAGUUCUUGCGACGGAUCUUUUAAAAUCCGUAUUAUUUGAAAUUGACAUCCCAUUAUGUCAAAUAUAUUGUUGGACUGAUUCUACAAUCGUCCUUGCUUGGCUGAAAAAGGACCCUUGUUCAUGGGCAACCUUUGUAGCCAACAGAGUUUGUAAAAUUCAGGAAGUGGUCGGAAGACAUAAUUGGCACCAUGUCAAAUCUGAAGACAACCCAGCAGACUUGGGAAGUCGGGGUAUUUCACCCUCUGAUUUAACACAGAACAAUCUGUGGUGGCAUGGACCAAUUUGGCUUCAGGAAAAGAGCACUACCUGGAAUCUAGGAAACUUGGCUUUAUUAGAUACGGACUUAGAGGCUCGAGCAGUAAAAUCUCAUGCUUCAUUUUUUUCGAAUUAUGAAGAUAUUCUUGAGAGAUUUUCUUCUCUUGAUAGGGCAAUUCGAGUGUUAGCCUAUGUAUUUAGAUUUUUCUAUAAUACUCACCCGGCUCAUAAAAAUCGAAAUUCUUUUGAGACUACCAUCGUGACAAACAUUGAGGUUAAGAAAGUAAAACUGCGAUUGGCCAUUUUGGCGCAAAAAGUAAACUUUGUCGAAGAAUACCAAUGUCUUUUGAAUAAAAGACCUCUAUCUUCGAAAAGUCCUUUAUUGACUUUGAAUCCAUUUCUGGAUAAUGAGGGUGUUAUGAGACUUAAUGGUCGUUUGACAAAAUCACCUUCAUUAGUCUAUACGGAACGGCAUCCCAUAUUGUUGCCAUAUUCUUGUCGCUUUACCCGUCUUUUGAUUGAGUUCGUACAUACGAUUUCUAUUCACGGUGGAAAUCAGUUAAUGCUCCGGAUCUUAAGGAUCGAAUAUUGGGUACCUCGACUAAAAACACUAGUUCGAGCUGUUAUUAAUCGGUGCAAACGGUGUAUUCUUGACCGUAAGCGCACUUGUACCCAAAUAAUGGCAGCAUUGCCCCCCGAACGAACUCAAAUAGGUAGACCAUUUACUACAACUGGAGUCGACUUUGCUGGGCCUUUUGACAUAAGGAACUUAAAUAGUAGAUCGUGUCAAACUUUAAAGGCCUACGUUUGUAUUUUUGUCUGUUUUGCGACUAAGGCCAUUCAUUUAGAAGUCACUUCAGAUUUGUCAACUGAUAGAUUCUUGGCUGCUUUUAAUCGUUUUAUAUCGAGACGAGGUUGUCCUACUACUAUGUUCUCCGAUAACGGAACGAACUUUGUGGGAGCUUCUCGUGAACUGGAAAGGGAUUUUAGAACAUUUUUGUCAGAAAGUCGUGCUCGUAUGUGUUCCACUUAUGGUAUUAAUGGACUAACAUGGCGAUUUAUUCCUGCUGGCGCUCCUCAUAUGGGAGGCUUAUGGGAAGCGGGAGUUCGAAGUUUUAAACUUCAUUUCCGUAAAGAAGCUAAGUCCGUGAAAUAUACCUUUGAGGAACUAUCGACGGUUCUUGCAAGAAUUGAGGCUUGUCUUAAUUCGAGACCGUUGUGUCCGAUGAGUAAUGAUCCGAAUGAGCCAGCAGCUCUUACUCCUGGUCAUUUUUUGAUCGGAUCUCCAAUUUUGGCUCCGCCGGAGCCUUCUAUAUUUGAAUCCCCAAUAAGUUUGAUAAAUCGAUACAUGAAAGUUAAAGCACUAACUCAUCAUUUCUGUAGACGAUGGAAGGAGGAAUAUCUUUCAAAUCUUCACAAGAGAUAUAAAUGGAAGUGGCCAGAGAGAGAUUUAACAAUUGGUGACUUAGUAGUUAUAAAAAAUGAACAAAUGUCUCCAACUUCCUGGAAACUAGGUAGAGUUGUUAAAACUUAUCCGGGAAGUGAUGAACACGUUCGCGUAGCUGACAUACGAACAGAAAAUGGCAUUAUAAAGCGACCAAUCACAAAAUUAGUCGUUUUGACUAAUGAAACUUUGUAAAAUGAAAAAUAUUAAAUAAAUUUCCUUGUUCCUAGUACCAUGGACGCUUUAACCAUUGCAAUGGAAGAUGCGCUAUUAGAAUCCGACAAGGAAGUAAUGGAGGUGGAGGACCAAGGAUCAAAGGUGGCUACAGUAGCUAAUCUAGCCCCUGUUCCAGCCCCUGCUCCAAUACCUGAUCCAGUUCCUGCUCCACAAGCUACGUCAACACCUGCUACAGCACCUGCUCCAGCUCCUGCUUCAGCACCUGCUCCAGCACCUGUUUUAGCAUCCGAGUUGCCUGCUAUAAUGAUCGCUUGUCCAGAUACAGCAGCAGCUUCACCAAUCGCAAAGUCUUCGAAAGAGGAACACUCGGGCUCGAAAGUUUCGGAAUCUUCGAAGUCCAAAUGCCUUCAAUGUAAGGGUAAACAUCCCCUUUAUAAAUGUGCGCACUUCCGAAAAUUAAGUCACGAGCAGAAGCUACGAUUUGUCGUGUUACAUCGCAAUUGCUACCGGUGCUUAUCGACCAAGCAUUUAGCAAACGAUUGUAAAUCGCCAAUGAAAUGUAAUAUCUGUAACGAUAGUCACCACACCCUUUUGCACGCUUCGGGAAAAGGGCCAUCAAAAAAGGUGGUUAAAUCUAAAGGCAAACCCUCGUGUUCCGUUGGCAAUACGGUCAAAGCUCGAUCGAAACCUACACCGUCCCAGAUAUCUAGUGUGCCAGUAAGACACGUGAUAAGCCUUUCUCCUACAUUAAAGGUUAAUUUGCUGAUCGGUAAUAGGAGAAUAUUAGUGCGCGCGGUGAUAGAUUUAUGUUGUUCAAUGUCCUACGUAUGUGAGUCCUUAAUUCAGCAGCUUUCGCUGCCGGUUUCGACCCUAAACGGGGACAAAAUAAGUCGUUUGACCAUUGCGUCAAUAUAUGCGCCUUAUCCGCAAAUAACAUUAACGGCAACGGUGAGGAAAAUGCUUGGGAUACGGACACCCACGGAAACAAUUUCGACCGAAAUUUUGUCGUUAUUUGAUGGGAUUCAGUUAGCUGAUCCCAACUUUAAUCAAUCGGGAAACGUCGCGCUGGUGUUAGGACCCGAAUUGAGUUCGGCCAUAAUUAAAGGAAAAAUCCAUUCGAGCCCGGGAAUUCCUCUUGCGCAAUACACUUUGUUUGGAUGGGUCAUUUCAGGCCAAUCCCCGUAUUAAAAUAAUAAAAUUCAUUUAAUUUGACCUGUGAAUCUUAUUUAUUCAUGGGUACAGUCGAAGGACUGAAAAAACCUGCCUUCGGGACUUCGGUUCUGUGGGGAAAGUCGAGAGACUUCGUAAAAAUCUGCCUUCGGGACUUCGGUUCUGUGGGGAAAGUCGAGAGACUUCGUAAAAAUCUGCCUUCGGGACUUCGGUUCUGUGGGGAAAGUCGAGAGACUUCGUAAAAAUCUGCCUUCGGGAUUUCGGUUCUGUGGGGAAAGUCGAGAGACUUCGUAAAAAUCUGCCUUCAGGACUUCGGUUCUGAGGGGAAAGUCGAGAGACUUCGUAAAAAUCUACCAUGGUCCUUGGACCUUUCGUCGAUAUAUUUAAAAUUUGAAAAAAAAAAUAAUAAUAAUUAUGAAAAAAAAAAAAAUUGAAAAGAAAACAAAUUAUAUAAAGAAUAAUAACGAAGACUGUAGAUAUUAUAUAAGUUUAUUCUAGAUUUAAAAACCUUUAUUUCUCCUCUGUUUGUUGCAACGGACUUCGUCGUCGCAAGGUGGCCGGCAAUGUUCAAUUUAGAACUUUAUUUGAAACCCUAUUUUCUAUUCCCUUUAUACUACGUUAGGAUUUAUCUAACUACUUCUUUUUUCAUCCUUGAAAAAGUGUAGAGAUAAAUUCUAACUAGUAAAACCGCUUACGGUAUAACUAUUCGCAACUAGUUGCAUAGUUUUUUUUGUGUAAAAUUUACUUACAAAGUGAACGCCAUUGCGACCACUUAGUACAAAACAUCAGUGAAGAAUCUUUAAGGUAAAGUUAAAUUUAAUAAAUAAACUUUUUAUUGAAAAAACUA